CCAUACCAGCAUCCUGAUCACCAUCAUACUCCAUACCAGCAUCCUGAUCACCGCCAUACCCCAUACCAGCAUCCUGAUCACCGUCAUACCCCAUACCAGCAUCCUGAUCACCAUCAUACUCCAUACCAGCAUCCUGAUCGCCAUCAUAUGCCAUACCAGCAUCCUGAUCACCACCAUACCAGUGUUCAGAUCACUGCCAUACCUCAUACCAAUGUCCUGAUCACUGCAGUACUCCAUACC